GCUCGCUGGACACUCCGUGGACGACCAUCCGCACUACCGCUCUCGCGGACGCCAAGACGGUGGUGGUGGGGUGGAGGUACUCCCGUUGGAACACCAGAGUGCGCACGUGGCCGGCCCCUCGUGUCUUCUCUGGAGACGUUCUUGUGUUCAAGUGGAAUGACUGGGUGCGCAGGCACAACCUGGUGGCCGUGGAUGCCAAUCGCUACAACCUCUGCCACUUUGGGGCUUCUGGCGAUCCCUUCACUGUGCUUCAUGGGCCAUCUAACCGUGCCACUGUCAAGGUUACAGUGGGAGAUUCAACCCUCACUGGGUAUUACACCAGCUCCUCUGGCAACGACUGCCUCACAGGCAUGAAGGUUGUCAUCAUUGCUGAAGAUGCUGCUUGA